AUAGUUCAUUCCCUGGAAGCGACGCAAACUUUUUUCGCAAAAUUUGAUCCCACUACUUUUCAGUUUUCCACACCCAAAAAACUAUGAACGAAGAUCGCUCGGACAGUUCCGUGACUUCGAUCGAGGAUGACGACGACGAGGAGCAGACGGAUAACACCGAAAAUUUGUGCGAAAACCCUACCAGGGAUAUCUUGACCGAAGGUUUCUUUCGUCUUUUCAAGCCUGUCAUCGACGAUCUGGAUCAAAACAUCCGUGGAGCUCGAUUGAAUCAGAUGGAAUUGCGACAGCAGCUCGACGAGCUUUCGCAAGAGAUGAAAAAUCUUAACUUCGAAAACGAUCCGCAGUUGCACGAAUAUUUCAAGCGGAUGGUGCAUAUUAAGCAAAAAGUGGUUGUAAUAAUGAACAUCCUGCAGGGUGCACAGGAACGGUUGCUUGCGCUAUGUCAACAGCAAGAAGCGUCCAAUUCCGACAACCCCAAUCCUUGAAUAACAACGUUAUGUUGAAGCAAAAUGUAUAAUUCCACGAACAACUAGAUUUUAAUAACUUAUAGCUUAAAUAAACGAUAUUACUU